AUGACUACUGUCGCUACGACUGAAAUUAUUAAUAAUAAUGGGAAAAUUGGUGAAGGAUCGAGUGAUAAGAAAGAAAAAGUUGAUAAUGAAACGAGUAUUGAUGUUGAGAAGAGAAAAGCUCUGGUGGCUUUAAUGGCGUUGAAAAAUAAUUAUGCUCGAAUCCUUGAACUUCAGAAUAGAGAAAAUAUUGUGGAUUUAGAUUCUGUUUUAAGCCUUUCUGUAUCUGCUGGUAGUUUUAUCAUUUCCGGAGGUGGUGUUAUUGCGGCUUUUCGAUCACUUCUUACCUCCACCCCCAGUUCAAAUUCUGGUAUUGAGAAAGAUGAAAAUAGUGAUAUCGAUCUUGCAGAAUCAUCUAUUCUAUAUGUGCAAUCUAACUUAAAAGAUGAUGAUCUAAGAAGUUUGGAAAUGUUUGAAUGUUUUUGGUUGUUUGGUGGUUGUGUUAUUCUUUUUGGAAUUGCUGGAUAUGAUUUUUUGAAUUUUGCUACUGGAAAUUCUAAUGGAAUUAUUUUAGAUAUUGCCCUUAUUAAUAUUGGUUUUAUUGGCCUUGUACUUAGUCUAGCUGUUGGCAUCGUGCUCCAAUAUGCAAAACAACGCUUUAGUGAUAAAAAUAAUAAAAAAAAAUGUAUUUUUUAUUUAGUUUUCCCUUUUAUUUGUUGCUUUUGUCUUAUAAGCAUAAAUGAUAAAAAAGAAUUGGAGCUAAAGGAUAUUCGUUUUCAACGUGCUGAAGAAGAAAAGGUUUUAUCUCUUCUUUAUGGUGUCAAGCCUCAUGAUGAUAAAUAG